AUGCGAAACUUACAUAUAAAAAGAAUAUACCUUCUCUUUCAGGUUCGCUUAGAAUCAAUCGGUGCUGAGGAUAUUGUCGACGGAAAUCCCAGAUUGAUUUUGGGUUUAAUUUGGACCAUCAUUUUGCGGUUUCAAAUACAAGAAAUUGAAAUUGAUGUGGAUGAAGAAAAUGAAUCAUCCGAGAAGCGUUCGGCGAAAGAUGCCCUGCUGUUGUGGUGCCAGCGUAAAACGCAUGGUUACCCCGGUGUUAAUAUACAAGAUUUCACAUCCUCCUGGCGUUCGGGUCUGGGCUUCAAUGCGCUUAUACAUUCACAUCGGCCCGAUCUCUUUGAGUACAGCACAAUUGUUAACUCGAAGAACUCGAAUAUUGACAAUCUGAAUCAUGCCUUCGAUUUGGCUGCUUCCGAACUGGGUAUACCAAGCUUAUUAGAUGCCGAAGAUGUGGACUCUGCACGUCCGGAUGAGAAGUCCAUCUUGACAUAUGUUGCUUCAUACUACCACACAUUUGCUCGCAUGAAAAAUGAACAGAAGAGCGGGAAACGCAUUGCCAAUAUUGUNGGACAGUUGAUGGAUGCUGACCGCAAGAAAAUCUAUUACGAACGGCUAACAACAAAUCUGUUAAGUUGGAUUAGACAAAAAACGUUGGAGUUGAAACAGCGAGAUUUCCCCAACUCGUUAGAGGGCAUACAGCGAGAACUGCUGGCGUUCAAGGAGUAUCGAACAAUCGAAAAACCGCCAAAGUAUAAGGAACGAAGUGAAAUCGAAGCGCUGUAUUUCACCAUCAAUACGCUGUUAAAAGCACUAAAUCAGCCGCCAUACAACCCACAAGAAGGUCAAUUGGUGAACGACAUUGAGAAGGCGUGGCAACAGCUCGAGUAUGCUGAGCACAAUCGUGAGGUGGCACUACGCGAGGAACUGUUGCGUCAAGAGAAGCUGGAGCAGCUCAAUUACAAAUUCGAAAAGAAGUCCGUGCUGCGUGAGGGCUACCUGAAAGAGAUGAUUCAAGUGCUCUCCGAUCCACGCUACUUGCGACAGGUCGACGCUACACUGAAGAAGCACGAAGCCAUUUCGGCAGAUAUUUUGGCGCGCGUGGAGCGUUUCAACGAUCUUACCGCUAUGGCCAAUGAGUUGGAGCGGGAAAACUAUCAUGGCAAAGAGCGUGUAAAGAGACGCGAAACAGAGGUAAUGGACAAGUGGCGCAAAUUACUAGAACUGCUUGAAAAUCAACGCUUGAACUUGUCACAAAUGAGUACGCUCAUGAAUUUGUUGCGCGAAAUCGCCAGCACGACCGAAGCGAUUAAAGAACUGCAGACGCAGUUUGCAUCCGAAGAUGUGGGCCCGCAUUUGCUGGGUGUAGAAGAGUUGCUUCAGGCGCAUUCUUUGCAAGAAUUGCAGGUGAACACGUAUGGCGAAACAUUGAAACGCUUCAACCGCCAGGCACAACCUUACAAAACGUCUGAACAAAAGGAUGCUGCGCUACUUGUGCAGCGCCUAGGCGAACUCGAGCAGGCCUAUGCAAUUUUAUUAAAGCUGUGCGCAAAGCGACGCGCAUGCCUGGAGGAAGCGCGAAACUUUUACCAUUUCAUGGAAGACUACGACAACGAGGAGGGCUGGCUGGUGGACAAACAACGCAUCUGCAAGACAGGCAUCACAGCAAAAGACUUGCGGGCUGUUCUUUCACUGCAGCAGAAACACAAGGCGCUCGAGGAUGAAAUAAAGGUACGCAAGCCGAAAUCAACGCAGAUGUCAGACGCUGCCAAAAAGUUGAUCGCUGAAAAACAUCCACGUUCACCAGAUAUCAAAAGUCGUAUCGAAUCUUUGGCUGAGCACUGGAAGGCUUUGGAAGAGUUGGUGGAGUUGCGGCGCCGCCAGCUCGAAGACGCCGCCGAAGCGUAUCAAUUCUACACCGAUGCCAACGAAGCGGAGUCGUGGCUAAAUGAGAAAAUGGCUCUGGUAAAGUCCAAUGACUAUGGCACCGAUGAACCCUCAGCACAGGCGCUUUUGCAGCGCCACCGUGAUCUACAGGGCGAGUUGAAUGCGUACUCGGGCGAUAUACUUAACUUGAACCAACAAGCCGAAAAGCUCAUCAAAGCUGGUAUCUGUACACUUGAGCUUUCAGCUGCUGAGCCAGAAAUGCCCGAGGUCGAACAGGAGGAAUGGGUGAACGAGACCCGUCUUGUGCCGAAAGAAGUGUGGGAGGAUGAGUGGGUAGAAAAGCUGGAGCAUAAGAAAGUCACUGAAACAAAACUGUUGCCACACGUCCGUUCAAUGUUUCCCUUCGAGGGUCAGGGCAUGAAGAUGGAUAAGGGCGAGGUAAUGUUGCUGAAGUCGAAAACGAACGACGAUUGGUGGUGUGUGCGGAAAGAUAAUGGCUUGGAAGGCUUUGUGCCGGCCAAUUACGUGCGUGAAAUUGAUCCCCGACCGGUGCCAUGUAUUGUACCAAAGGCAGAAAAGGUCAAGGCUCUGCAGAAGGUGAAGAAGACUAUAUUGGUGCGACAAGUGGUGCCAGUAAAACGCAUUAAGCCAAUUGCGGCGCCACCAAAGCCGCUGGUGAAGCGACGCAUUUCAUCGAACAGUAUUAACGAGAAUGCCGAUAGUGUAGAGAAACGGCAGAAACGCAUA